GAUGGGGCUUCUCCUGGAUAGGCACAGUUUACAAGGGUCCAAAAAGACUGUAUCAAAGCUGCUUUAAGUUUCUCCCCCAGCACUCCAGAGUGUGCCUCUCCUGAUCUGACAAUCUGCAGCACUGCAACAGGAGGAGAACAGAUUUUUAAACGCCUGGCUGGCUGGAGAAAAUCCUGCAAGAUCCUUCUCUCUCUUUCUGUAUCUCUCUGAAUCUGCAAAUGUCCUUCAAACUGGUCAAAAUUGAGAUUAUCUGAAGACGAAAAAAGGCUAAUCAAACUCCUGAUUUACUGGAUACUGUUUUAUUCCACUUCUUCUCACUUAGGAAACUACACAAACUCUUCUGCAAGCUUUAUCCAAUGGAUUUUCUUUACAUGUGUGGGAUUGUGUUUUGCUUUUUUACAUCUUUCUUCUGGCUGACUGUGGAUUCAUUUAUUUCUAAAGAACACCUCUCUGGAAAGCUAAGUGAAUACGGUGUGGUUGUCCCAUUCAGUACAGAUCAUCUAGGACGAUAUAUUUCCCACGUGGUGUCAGCAGCAGGAAGUAGAAUGACCUUAAAGCACCCUGGGCAGAGGUUUGCCCGAAGUAUUCCUGAUCCACCAAAAACUCAGUCAGAUGAUAGGUGCUUGUACUUCAAUGUCACAGUCUUUGGCAAGCAGCUACAUCUACGUUUGAAGCCCAAUAAAAAGCUGGUUUCUAAAGAGGCUACUAUUGAGUGGCAGGAGGAUUUUCAGGAUAUUUCUCAUGGCUCAAUCCGUGGUGAUUGUGUAUAUACGGGAGAUAUCACAGAUAUGCCUGGAGCCACUGUGGCCAUCAGCAACUGUGAUGGACUGGCUGGAAUGAUAAGAACUGACAGCAGUGAGUUCUUUAUUGAGCCUUUAGAAAGGGGAAAACAGGAAGAUGAAGAAAAUGGUCGUGCUCAUGUGGUCUACAGGAGAUCUGCUGUUCAACACAAUAAAACUGGAAAUCAUGGGGAGAUGCGCAAUGAAGUUGUAAAGAGUGAAGUGGGCGAUCUCCCUUUUGCACUGGAAUCAAUGCAGGUCAGGUUGCUGGACAAUGAACGCAAGAAACGUCAUGCUAAGAAGGAUGACUAUAAUAUAGAGGUGCUCCUUGCAGUGGAUGACUCUGUUGUGCGCUUCCAUGGAAAAGAGCAUGUGCAGAACUACGUACUCACCCUUAUGAACAUAGUAGAUGAAAUUUACCAUGAUGAAUCACUGGGUGUCCAUAUCAACAUAGUGUUGGUCCGUAUAAUCAUGGUAGGAUACAGACAGUCUAUUAGUCUCAUAGAACGUGGAAAUCCAUCUAGGAGUCUCGAACAAGUGUGUCGUUGGGCCCAUUCCCAGCAGCGUUCAGAUCCAGAUCAUGCAGAGCACCACGACCAUGCUGUGUUUCUCACCAGGCAAGAUUUUGGUCCUGCAGGUAUGCAAGGUUAUGCUCCAGUUACGGGUAUGUGUCACCCACUGCGCAGCUGUACCCUGAACCAUGAGGAUGGGUUCUCUUCUGCAUUUGUGGUCGCCCAUGAAACCGGUCAUGUGUUAGGUAUGGAGCAUGACGGUCAGGGAAAUCGUUGUGCUGAUGAAACCAGUAUGGGAAGCAUCAUGGCUCCACUGGUACAAGCCGCAUUCCAUCGUUAUCACUGGUCAAGAUGCAGUAAGCAGGAACUUAAUAGAUACAUACAUUCCUACGAUUGUCUCCUGGAUGAUCCCUUUGAACAUAAAUGGCCAAAGCUCCCAGAAUUACCAGGAAUCAAUUACUCAAUGGAUGAACAAUGCAGAUUUGAUUUUGGAGUGGGUUACAAGAUGUGCACUGCUUUUAGAACAUUUGACCCUUGCAAGCAGCUGUGGUGCAGUCACCCAGAUAAUCCUUAUUUCUGCAAAACGAAGAAGGGCCCCCCUCUUGACGGAACUGAAUGUUCUCCUGGAAAGUGGUGCUUUAAAGGCCAUUGCAUCUGGAAGACGCCAGAGCAAUCUUAUACUCAGGAUGGAGGAUGGAGUUCAUGGUCAAGAUAUGGAUCCUGUUCUCGGACAUGUGGAGGAGGAGUACGUUCCCGUGGAAGGCAGUGCAACAACCCACCACCAGCGUAUGGAGGUCGUGACUGCCUGGGUCCUACCUAUGAAUAUCAGAUGUGCAACACUGAAGAAUGUCGAGGACCAUUUGAGGAUUUCCGUGCUCAGCAGUGCUCCCAGCGAAACUCAUACUACACGCACCAAAACACCAAGCACACUUGGCUUCCCUAUGAACAUCAUGAUGAUGAACAGAAAUGUGAACUUAUAUGCCAGUCUAAAGAAACGGGAGAUGUGGUUUUCAUGAAUCAGGUGGUCCAUGAUGGUACCCGUUGUAGCUACAAAGAUCCUUAUAGUGUUUGUGCCAGAGGAGAUUGUGUGCACUUUGGAUGUGACAAGGAAAUUAGCUCUAUGAAAGAAGAUGAUAAGUGUGGUGUUUGCGGAGGUGAUAAUUCUCAUUGCCGAACUGUGAAGGGAACCUUAGUCAAAUCACCAAAGCAGCCUGCUGGCGUUUUAAAAAUGUUUGAGAUUCCAGCAGGAGCCAGGCACAUACAAAUAGAAGAGACAGAAACAUCUUCUAACAGUCUCGCUAUUAAAAAUCAAGUGAGUGGAAACUUUAUCCUGAAUGCUAAAGGCAAAGAUAAUAAAUCGAGAACUUUUAUAGAAAUUGGUUUGGAGUGGGAAUUCACUGUUGAAGAUGGGAAGAAAACUGUGAAAACCAAUGGGCCAUUGCAUGAACCCAUUGUGGUCCUGGUUGUGCCCCAGGAUGAGGAGGUAAAGAGCAGCCUAACAUAUAAAUAUAUUAUUCAUGAAGACCUUUUACCAAUGAUUGGUAACAACAAUGUUCUACUGGAGGAGAUGGAUUCUUAUGAAUGGGCACUGAAAAGUUGGUCCCAAUGUUCCAAAGCAUGUGGUGGAGGUAUCCAGUAUACAAAGUAUGGAUGUCGGAGAAAAAGUGACAGCAGGAUGGUUCAACGUACCCUAUGUGACAACAACAAGAAACCAAAGCCUAUUCGUAAACGGUGUAACUUGCACGAAUGCUCCCAGCCAGGAUGGGUAGCAGACGAGUGGGGACUUUGCAGCAAAACGUGUGGCAAGCUGGGUGUCCAAACAAGGCUAGUCCAAUGUAUCCAGCACCUGCAAAAUGGCACCAAUCGCACUGUCCAUACAAAAUACUGUACCGCUGAGCGUCCAGAACCGAGGAGGCCAUGCAACCGUAUACCAUGUCCUGCACAGUGGAGAACAGGAGCCUGGUCACAGUGCUCAUCAAGUUGCGGCGAGGGCAUCCAGCAGCGCCAAGUUGUGUGCAAAGCAAGUGAUAACGUUAUCAGUCAAUGUGAUGGCGAAAAGCCUGAAACAAUCCAAGUCUGCAAGAUGGCCCCCUGCCCAGGAAAAUCUCCAGGGCUUACUCAACAAGCAGAAACAAGUGAUUUAAGUACCCCCAAAACCCCAUGGGCCCCCUCACUAAACUCAAAAAAUCAUGUGAAUAAAAUAUCAAAAGACUCAUGCCAAGGAGACAAGUCCAUAUUCUGUCAGAUGGAGGUUUUGGCACGGUACUGCUCUAUACCUGGAUACAACAAGCUGUGCUGUGAAUCCUGCAGUAAGAAGACAGCUCCUACCAGCUUGACUCCAAGUUCAGAACAUGCAGCUCUGGAGCUCCGAGCACCAGAGGGUGCUACCCUCCCUAGCCCAAUCCCACCGGUAACUCUUGUUCCUACAGUUGUUUUAACUGAAACCUCUGUAGGUAAUAGUCCAGUGGAUGCACCUUUGUCUGCUCUUGCAGCUGAACAAACUCAACAGGAUUCAGCAGCCAACAACGUUACCAAUGGGAAUGCAAUGGUGCAAGGAAAAAACAGCUCAGUGACCAAUAUUGAAAAAACAUAUCCUGCAGAAAACAGCGGUGGACUUACCGAGAACCUAGGUACACCAGCCAAUAAAACUUCUGUUAAUAAACAGAGCAAGGCCAGUGCAUUGUCAUCUUCUGAAGUUCUAAGACGAAGAAGGGAAGAUACUGAAGAAGAGCACACAGUUGCUACAUGAGCCUCCAUGCACAUGACAAGGAGCAGCGAGGCAGCCUCACUGAGAACAAUUUUUUAAAAUAAAAAUAGUAAAGAAAAGGCUCUUUUGCAGGUAGCACUUUUCGGGCAUUGAGAAAUGACAUCAUUUUAAUGCUUUGGGUCGUUGUUCAUAAGGCCCUGUAUUUUUACCUCACAGUGCAGUGUGAAUGCACUUUAUGAUGUCAUAAGGGUGCUACCAACUGGAUUCAGAACACAAAAAAGAUUUCUAUCACCUCAGUUCUUCAGGCCAGUGGCCAUUUUUUUCUUUUUGAGCUAUGAAGAACAUGAAACCUGGUGCUUUCUCUAGUUUAGAAUAAGUUUAGAGCCGCCUGCAUUUUACAUGUAAAGUGGUGCUGCAUUGUAGCCAAUCAUUUUCUGUACCUCAGUGAAGUAGGGUCAAUUGCAGUGAAAUGCGGUGAAAUUUUUGAUUUCCAAAGCUCCAAUUUAUGAUGUUUUUAAAGUCAGUAAAUGCUUACAUUUACCUGAUUUAAUAGUGGCCUUAUACUACCACAUUAACUUAUUUAAUCUAUUGCUGCUACUAGAUUAUUAUUGGAAUAAGAAGAAAUUGAGGUUACCAUUGAUACACAUCCAAUAGUCUGAUGAUGGGAUUCUUAAUAUAUUCAAGCACACAUUGCCUGUUCCUGUUGAUAUUGGAUUGCUCUGGAAAUAUAAGUAUAACCUUUCAUCCGUGAAUUUUCAGGUAUUUUCUUUAAUAGUUGGGGCAAAAUACUCACAAUGAUACUGGUGUCAGUGAUAUUCUCCUGUUUUGUCCAAAGCCCUCCACAACCCAAUAUUCACUUCUUUACACUUGAUCAAGUUUGAUAGCAAUACUAGUCAAUGGCAAGCUUGAGCUGGCUUGAAUAUUGAUCAAGGGGUACACGUCAAUGGAGCAAUGUAAUGUGAAGUGGUAUUGCUUUCCAUAUGAUCUUGGUUAGAUAAAAGUCUAGGUCAUUCACAAACAGCUGAUAUAUCCCAGAUAUAAAGAACGUAUAAGAGCUUGCCUUACAACCAUACAAACAUGGAGUGGUCCAUAAUGUAAGAUAGUAUAUGUAUCAAUAUAAUAAAAUGGUAAGCAGUAACAUUGUCCAUGAAGUACAUGUGUGACUGCUCCAUGGUGAAGGUCUAGUCUUAUUUGUCCAACAUUGUAAUUAUCCAGAUGAGUGUAUAAGCACCUACUGAUCUUAGACUAUAUCCUCAGAAUACAAAUCAUCUAUCUCCACUGACGGUUUGUUGAGUUCACUUUAAAAUCUGAGAACUUAUCCUUUCCCUUGAUACUCAUUUUGAUUUCAGUCUCAUUUUUUGCCAGCCAUGGGUAAAGGAGUGAACCCAGUUGGAAUGCCUUAGCAACCCCACCCUUCUUCCCUACUGGCUGGGAUACGGACUAUUAUGAAAGUGUCACUGAAUAGAGGUUCUCAUGUUAAAAGAGGUAUAACUUGACGUUCUUUUGCCCCAGUGCAAAAUCUGAUACCAAGUCACCACACCAUGCAAUUUAUUAAACUAAUGUGUUCUUUCAUACCAGAGACGACACUGGGCCCGCUUAGACACCAGGACCUGAUAAUGACUGUAUAGGUACAUCCUGCCAGGUCACAAGAGAGGAUUUUGCAUCCCUCAUUCCAAAGUCAUUGUUUAUAGCACCAGUCAAGAGUGAAAACUUAGUUUGUUUAGGCUCUUUCAAGUUUACCCCAUAUUUUAGCAAAUCUAGUUGUAUGUAUUUUGUUCUUAGAACUUCUUAGGACCGUAUCUCAUUUUUCCCCCCGUUGUUAUUAGGAGGUAAUUAGACUGGAGAAAUUUACUUAGUGUUGUAUUAUUCAGAACCACCCUUCCAACUAGCUACAUGAAAGAAAAGUAAGGUUUCCAGAGUGGUUGUCAAGGAUUGCCUCUCAGCUAGAUCAAUCUUCCUGUCAUCCAAUAGCUCCAUGAUAACUAUAUUGCAAGUCUGUCACUUUUACAGAUAUAGUGUAGAGGAGGCCCAUAGCAAACACUAGGACUUUCCAAGGAGGUUCAAAAUGUCUUCACCUUCCCCUUGUUUAUUAAAAUUGCAGUGCCUUUGUAGAUCCCUGUGGACGUUCACAAGAAAAAAAGUUAAAGGAGUAUCCUCCUCCAUUGAUUUACAGCAGCCACAUAAGACUCUUUUUAUGAUAUACACAACCUCACCAGCUUCACUAUAGUGCUAUUUAAAUUGUGUUUUUUCUCAUUAUAAUAUGACUGAAUCAUAAUAUAGAAAGGAGCUUCAAAGCCCUUAGAACAGCUAGUAAAAUAGUCUGUUGCCUGCUCAGGAUGUACCAUUUUAUUGGGUGCCAUUACUUGCUGGGCAACCUGGGCAUCUCAACUGAG